UAGCUCGAUCAGUGGUGUAUUUUUAUCUACAACAAAAAAAGAUUUAUCAUGAAGAGGUAGAUGCCUGUCAGAUAGCUGUUAGUCUAAGAACUGGUCUGAAAGCCUCAUAUAUCAUUCAUUCCCCUGGUAUAAAGAUGACCUGGCAGUAUACAGAUGCAGUAAAUUUUAAAACUGGUAUGAAAGUUGAAGUAAAAAAUGAAUCCGGUGAAAUGGUAGCAGCAACUAUAGAUACUGUUAAUAAUGGUAUGCUGAAAAUAUUACCUGAUAAUAUGAUGUCUAACAACGAUAUGGAUCUACUAGUUAUGCCCGAAAGUAUGUCUAUUGGUCGUGUAAGAAGAGAGAUUGGUCCACGAAUAAAUCCAAAUAACGAUGACAAUGAUGUUGCUCCUCCGUGGCUAUUUAACCAACUACAGCUAGAAGGAAGAUUAACAGAAUUAUUGAAAGGAAGAAAAGCUCAAGAUUUGGUCCAAAAAUGUACAAACUUCUUACAUCCAUCAGUACUCCAUGCUCAAAUGACAUGUUUAGAGCCUGAGAUAGAAGAUGUAAUAUUUCGACAAGGUGGUAUAGAUUUUUCUGGAACUGCUCUUCUGUUGUUUCCACAAAAUCUUAAAGAAAAAGAUAUAUUUUAUCCUUCUAAUUUACUACUCACCCAACAAUUAAAAUGUCAGCCAUUGUGUUAUCAAAGAGGUGAUAUGAACAGUGUGAUGACAUUUCGACAUGUUCAAGCUAUGAGUAAAACUAUUACACCAUAUAGAACAGUUCAUAUAAUGAACACAGAAGGUUUUAUCUAUGAAAGUAGUGCAGGAGGAAUUGAUUCUUUCUUUAGUUCUAAUUUCUAUGAAACUAUGAUACUCUGGGCAUGGCAUUUAAUAGCCAUGCAAAGACAAGAGCCUGUUGAACUAGAGUUAUCUGCAGUUUUAAAGAAGAUAGAACUAUCAUCUUUAUCAAAAAGAAAGUUGACAAAUGCUAUUUAUAGAUUGAUUCAACGAAUGUCCUAUCACCUUUACUUUGGUCUUGGACCAACGUUUGAUCCAGUUACAUUUAAUAAAGAUAAUUCUGAUCUUAAUUCCUCUGCAAAGGAAUUAGAAUCAAUGCUUCUUGACGAGUUUGAUAAAUCUGGGUUAAAAAAGGUUGAGAUCAUGUUUAGUGAAGAUCAAGUGUAUAUGUGUGAAACUCACGCAGCUUGUUGGCAAAUUAACAACAACUUGACAGAAAUUCCCUUAAACUUAUUCACCAAUAAUACAAUGUAUAUUAAAUCACUGCAUUUACAAACAAAUCAAAUCGAGUCUGUCCCUGAUGAACUCUUUACUAAUUUACCAUGUAUAAUGGACCUUGAUAUAUCCAGUAACAAGCUUACACAAAUUCCAGAUAGUAUUGCCAAUUGUACUAAACUUUUAACAUUGGUAAUAUAUAACAACAACUUAACGACAUUGCCCAACACACUAGCUUCUUGUAAAUGUCUGGAGAGACUGGACAUAAGCAAAAAUUUAAUGAAGGAAUUUCCACCAGUUAUUACAAAAUUGAGCAAACUGACCCGUUUGUAUGCUCAGAAUAUGCAGCUGACUGAUUUACCAGAAGAUAUUGGUAAUCUUACUAAACUAGAUAAACUAGGAUUAAAUGGUAAUUGUUUCACCUCACUACCCAAAAGUUUCAGCAAUUUAAAGAAUUUGACCGAGUUAUUUAUGAAUGGAGUACCAUGGUAUAAAGCUAAAACAAAUGCUAUCAUAUCUAAAGAACAUUUUGAAGAACAUUUACAUACAGCUGGGUUGCAGUCAUGGUUAAACCAUCAUGAUCAGGAUAAGAUGUCUAUAUUUAAAUAUUUUGAUGAAGAUACCAAUGGUACAUUAGAUCAGAAAGAAUUAGGAAAACUUAAUGCAACCAUGUUUAAUGUAUUUCCUAGGCUUGGUUAUAAAGGGACUGAACCACCAGAUGAUGACAUGCCAAGUGGAUUUCCAACAGAACUGUUAGAUCUUCCUAAACUAUCAUAUUUAGGAUUACAAUUUCAAGGAUUUAUUUCUAUACCAGAACAAAUAGAGAACUUAAUUAGCCUGACAACACUUAAUGUUAGUCAUAAUCCUAAUCUAUUAUCUAUACCAGCUCAGUUAGGAAACUUACCUUUAAAACGACUUGAAAUGGAUGGAUGUCCCUCGUUGAAAACUCCGCCCAAAGAAAUCCGAGCCAAGGGAUUUGCUACCACAUUUGCAUAUUUACGGCGUCUGUUGAGUGGAUCUACAGAAUGUAUGAGAACUAAGUUAAUGUUAGUAGGUCUAGGUGGAGCAGGAAAAACCAGUCUUGUAAAAGCUUUGUUAAGUGAUGAUGGUAGAACUAAACUGACGGUUGGUGAAGAUAUUACAGAUGGAAUUGAUAUCUGUCCAUGGAAGGUAAAGACAGAGGAAGGGGAGCUAACGUUUAGUGUUUGGGAUUUUGCUGGGCAGACAGUCUACUAUAAUACUCAUCAGUUUUUUCUAUCUGAUAGAGCUGUGUAUUUAUUAUUGUGGAAUAUCAGAUUAGGUCAUGAACAUGCUGGUUUAGAUUUCUGGUUAAGUUCUAUAUCUGUUCAUGCACCCAAAGCUCCAAUAUUUAUUGUUGGUACUCAUGCUGAUCAGGUAGCAAAGAUUGAGUUACCAACUAAAGCUAUGUUAGAACGAUAUCCACAAAUAGCAGGAUUUCAUUAUAUAUCAUCACAUACAGGACAGGGUGUAAAUGAAUUGAAGACAAAUUUAGUUGAAGAAACAAUAACCCAACAAUAUAUGGGUGAAAAAAUACCUGGUGUAUGGUUAGGAUUGGAAAAAUCUUUACAGGAAAUUCAAGAAAAAUGUGUAAUAGAAUACAGCGAACUAGAGAAAAGAGCAAAUACAUCAGGAAUAUUUGACAAAUCUGAGGUUUCUCAAGCUCUUCAGUUUUUACAUGAACUUGGUUCUCUACAGUAUUUCCAAAACGAAUUUCUUAAAAAACAUGUUGUUAUAAGUCCGCAAUGGAUUGUAGAUGUAAUGGCUUGUGUUGUCUCUGUUAAAGAUUCUGCAAUUAAGGAUGGCCGUCUUCAUCAUGAUGACAUCAGUAAAGUCUGGUCCAAAUAUCCUGAAAAUCUUCAUUGGUGGUUAUUGAGGUUAACCGAAGAAUUUGAUCUGACUUUUAGACUUGCUGAUGAACCAGUCAACAUUGUUCCUUGUCUUCUGCCAGAAAAACAACCAGAGAUAAUUUGGCCAGAAAUUGAUAAGAAUUCAUCAAUGAAGGAGACUAAGAUGGUGUAUAAGUUUGAUUAUUUACCAGCUGGUUUAUUUAAUCGAGGACAGGUUCGUCUUCACCAGUUUUCAGAUAGUGCCUUAAUAUGGAAGAGGGGAUCCUUUCUUAAGAAAAAUGAACAUAUAUGUUUACUUCAGCAAACCAAAGAAUCAAAAUUAGUUGUGAGAGCUCAGGGUGCCAGGCCUGAUAAUGUCUUAUUUUUGGUACAUGAAGUGUUUGAAGGAUUGAUAGCUGAAUCAUUUCAUGGUGUAACUUAUGAUUUCUUCAUACCUUGUCCAGAUUGUCAAAAGCAGAUGUUAAAAGAUCCACACAUGUUUGCUGCUUCUACCAUAAGACGAGCCAGUGAACUUAAAGCACCAUUUCUACAGUGCCUUAAAUAUUUUCAUACCAUAUCAAUCAUUGAUCUACAAUCUUAUAUGCCUCCUGAUUCAAAUCUGGACUAUGAUUUACAUCUGGUUCAGGCUGUUCGAGGAUUAAAAGAACUUAAAAAAGAAUUAGCCACAGAUAUAUUUAUGUCAUAUUGUGCUCAAGAUGUUAAGAAGAUUGCCGGUGAUUGUGUAUCAACUAAAACUAUUGUUACAGAUAUAUGUAAAGCUGGAUAUAAAUGUUGGUAUAAAGAAGAUGGUUCGGCAUAUACAUCUGAUGAAAUGGCUCGAGCUUUAAUUGAUUCAUCUGUAUUUGUUGCUCUUAUAUCAAAUGAUUAUGUGAAAGAUGAGACUUGCUGUAAUCUGUUCAAAUAUGCUCGAUUGACUCUACACAAGCCUAUAAUCAUUAUAGCUAUAGGUGAUGGACUAGAAUGGAAACAGAGCAGAUUAGGAAUUUUAUUGGUAGAUGAGGUUUUUGUGGACAUGAGGAAAAUGGAGAGAUAUAAACACAAAUUGCCAGAACUGUUGAAAACUAUCAACAAUCGUAUAAAUAGAACAGUACAAACAAUAACAUCUACACCAUGUUUUGUUAGCUAUUGUUGGCAGAACUCACAGGAAGCCAUUAAUAAAGGUUCAAGGGUUAUUCAAGGUGCAAUUGGAGCUGCUGAUCCACGAGAUAUUAAAGUUUAUCUGGAGAAAAAUAAUAUUAAAUGUUGGAUUGAUGUCGAGAGAGCUGGAAAUAAUGGUCUAUUUGACGAUAUUGCUGAGGGUUUGAUUAAUGCUGAUGUAAUGGUAGCCUGUGUAUCUGAUGAAUAUUCUAAAUCAUCUAAUUGUCAAUUUGAGUUUCGAUAUGCUGUUAAUACAUUAAAACUACCCAUAGUAUUAGCUAUAGUAGGUACUGGUAACAAAUGGAGGGCAUCAGAGAUAGGUAUUUUAUCAUUGGAUUGCCCCAUGAUUAGUUUUCAAGAGAAAAGUGAAACAGCUUUACCUAAACUAUUAGAACAAGUUAAGAAUUAUUUACCUGAGAAAGAAGAGAAGAAAAAAACAGACAAUAAACAACCAGAAAAUAAAGAAAAAGAUUUAUCAUUUCAGGAACUGUUUGAAUUAGCUCAGAGAAAGUUUUUACGUCAGAUAAUGCAGUAUGCUGAAAAACAGGACAUAUUACCUUAUCCUCGAUUAUUUGUAACAGAUUUUAUCAAACAAAAGCAUGAAACAGAAGAUGGCGAAGAAACAGUAGAAAAAGAUAAACCAAAAGUCAAAGAAACUCAGGGUUUAAAGAAGAGACAGAGUGGUGUUACUGUAAUAGAAGAUGAUACAGACUUUCAUAGACAGAAAUAUUCUGUUAAUAUUCUAUGUGAAAGUGAUGAGGGUUGGCAUAGUUGUUGUAACCCACUACCUUUACCAGAUGACUUUGGCACUACAAGUUUAGAGAAGUUUUCACCGUAUAUUGCUCGUAUUACAGCUAUAUCUAAAUAUAAUAAACAUAUGUUAUUAAACUGUUUAGAAACUGAGGAAGGACAAAAAUUCUUGAAAUGGUUGGAAGAGAGUCCCCAGAUUGCUGCAGUAUCUGAUUUUGAACAGAUUUACUAUGAGUUAAGACAAGAAGUUAUGCAGGCAGAUGUUGACAGAAAAAUGGGAAGUUUGUCAAGAUGUCAUUUACCUAAUGGUAAAACUAUAUGGUUAUGUGAAGAACAUCAGAAGACGAUGAGAGUUACAGUUCUUAGUAACGAAGUAUUAACUAGUGUUAAUAUGGUAAAUGAAGGAUUAGUGACCGACUAUAUGUUAAAUGCUUUACGAGAUCUGGACGUUUCAAAUAUUUCAGCUAAAUUCAAAGAAAGAAAGAGAAUAGCUUCAGGUAAAAAGGUAACUGAUGAAAAUAAAGAUCAAACUGUCAUUAAAGAACCAGAAAAGGCAGAGAAAUCAGCUUCUACAUCUAAAACUGCUUUAAAUAAACCUAAAGCAGUAUCUUCUACUGGAGACAAUAAAACAGAAGGACCCACUGCUAGUAAUCAGGAAGUACAAAACACAUCGAAGAGGCCAUUGACACGACAAGCCAGUAAAGCUUGUUCUCUCAUGUGAUCUACGUCACAUACAAUGGUAGUGAACUUGCAGAUUAAAUAUUGUUAAAUAUUUGUUUAUUUUGUUAUUUAAAUAUUAAAUUGUAUACCGGUAAAUGUUAAAAUACAUAUUUGGAGAAGCUAAACCUCUUUGAUUUAGAUAAAAAAAAUAUAAAGUAUUGAAUUGGGUUGAUCUGUUGUAUUAUUUCGAUUAGUGCUGGGACAAGCUCUGUAUAAUUAAAUUUCUGUUUCGAAAUUUUAAGCAAAAGUCGACUUCUUUAAUGAUUAUAGUCAAAUUUUUGGCUUACUGUGUUCACAAUGGAACAGAAAAUCGGUAAUAUCUCAACACAGGCUUUAUCUAUAUUAUAGAUGUAAGAUUUUUGAUGAUGACAGAUUGUAAUGCACGAAUAACAAAUCAACAUUUAAAAUCCAAUGAAAUUGACAAUUUUAUUUUUGUUAUAAAUUGAAGGGGCCUACUAGCUAUUUUAAUAUGUUGCUACUUUUAAAUAGUUAUUUAUUAAUGGUUUACCUCAUUAUUAGUUACAUAAAUUAGCUGUGACAAGAAGUUAUUUAUAAUGUUAUGUGUAUAAUAGAACUAUUUUAUAACCUUGAAUGUAGAUCAUUCAUUAUCUUGACAAUCUAUUGUAAAAUAUAAUUAGAAAAUACUAUGUUGAUGUAAAUUGCAUAUGAGGAUCUCAUUCUAUUAUAGUAUAAUUUUGGAUAUUUAUUUUUACAUGAUUUGUCUUAUUUAUGAAUACUGGUAUAUAUAUGUAUUAUUUAAUUAAUUUAUUUAUACAAUUAUCUUUAUAUUUCCAUCCCAAAGUAGUGGAUUUUUAAAAAAUUACUUCAACAUUCUGUACUCAAUACAUCCGUCCAUGUUUUUUCUUUAUUUUUGACUUUAAACUAUUUACAUCUUUAUAUUUUACAUCUUUACACUGAUUUUUAUAUGAAAUAUUUAAUUUACACUAAUAUGCUAAUCAGUUAGUAUAACCAACAGAAUAAUUCAUCAUUUUGAUAUACAUAUAAAACAAUAUAGUUUCAUACUAUUUUGUUAUUGUUUUGGUCAUUUGAUAUACAUAUAAAACAAUAUAGUUUCAUACUAUUUUGUUAUUGUUUUGGUCACUGUGGGGUUGGAUGACUGAAUGGUUAGCGUGUAUGUGCUGUAUCAUAAAGUCUGUCAUUGAGUCAACUGGCGUGGUUUGGAUUCCCCGGUUGUACGUUACAAGGAGUAGGGUCGCCUGUCCAAACUCGUGGGUUUUCUCCGGGUCCUCCAGUUUCCUCCCACUGCUAAAGACCCCUACGUGCAAGCGAAUUAUUGAAAUAAAAUUAAACCAUAUGUUAGUCCCGAAAUGACCUAGUUUGUGUUGAGUGGACGUUAAACUCCAUUUCUCUCUCAAAAUUCACUUGGAUAUAUUAUUUGAUCUUACAUUUGUGGAACCACUGACGCAAACUACGCAGUGAUUGAUAAAAAAAUUGUAUUGACAGAGAAACAUGACAUUUGUCUGUAAAUUAAUAAUAUUAAUAUGGUAGUAUAUCGUACUGUAAGGAAGUAUCAGUGUAUAAAACAAUGUGGAGUUGCCAGUUGUUUGUCUUUUAUCAUUAUAACCUUUAUAUUACUAUAUUAUUAUAUCACUUUUUGAUAUAUUUAUACCUUUAAAUAAAGCUUUUGCAUACUGCAUCA